CCUUCUCAAGAGGAAGUAUAGAUGGUUAGAGAGGAGAGGUGGGUGGGUGGGGGGAUGGACAGGCUACAAGUCACUAGAGUUUAGAUACAGUUAGUGAUCGACACGUUGAGAUGGAACGCACCUGUCUUCUACUCUUGCUGUUGAGUACACUGGUAUACUGUAGCCUCGGACAAGGUGGAGAUCUCUCUCCUCCAGCCUCUCUGAGCGUCAGUCCUGACAGAUCUCAGUUCUUUGAAUAUGAUGAUCAGACUUUCUCUCUCUCAGUUCUCUCUAACCAAGCAUCUCUGAGUCUCAGUCCUGACAGAUCUCAGUUCUUUGAAUAUGAGUCUGUCUCUCUGAGCUGUGAGGUUCAGGGGAACUCUGCUAGAUGGAGAGUGGUGAGGAACACAACGAGAGGAAUCCUUUCAGAGUGUCAUACUGACUGGGGAAAACAACAAGGGUCUUCAUGCAAUGUGUCACUAACACCAUCAGACAGUGGAUUGUACUGGUGUGAGUCUGGUUCUGGAGAACACAGCAAUGCUGUCAACAUCACAGUACAUGCUGGAGCUGUGAUCCUGGAGAGCCCUGCCCUUCCUGUGACUGAGGGAGAUUCUGUGACUCUGCGCUGCAGAUAUCAGGAAACUCCCUCUGACCUCACAGCUGUUUUCUACAAAGAUGGAUCCCUCAUCAGGGCUGAGACUACAGGAGAGAUGACCAUCCCUGCAGUAUCCAAGUCAGAUGAAGGACUCUACAAGUGUUACAACUCGAAAGGAGAUUCACCAGAGAGCUGGAUGACUGUGACAGAUGGGGGCUCUACCUCUCUCCUCCCCUCCUCUCUCCUCCUCCCUCUGUCUGUCUCUGGGUUGGUGGCUGUUCUCUCCAUCUCUCUGAUCAUUCUACUGGUCCUGUUCUGCAAGAGGAUCAAAUAUGUAGCAGCUGAACCCAGAGAUGUUACCUAUCCUGACGUUAGAAUCAAACAGGACCCAGAACCCAGGAGAAGGAGAGAGAAGUCUACAGGAGCUGAUCCAGUCUACUCUGCAGUGAAGACCUCCAACACCACAGUUCCAGGUGGAUCUGGUCCAGGUGAUGUGACCUAUGCUGACAUCAACUAUACAGAGAAGAGACAACACAACAGGAGGAGAGAGAACGUCGUUCCAGACCCUGGAUACUCAGCAGUGAAGACAGACAGACAGAGAUACAGGUAGAGCUGUAUCUGGAUCCAGGGACGUAAUGUACAGACUGAGGUGAUCAUGUUGAAGAAGAGUGAGGCUGAGAUCCCCUGAUCACCAUAACAACCAUCAGAAUGGAACUCAUGGAAUUCUAAUAUAGAACUGUGAGUCACAAUGCUGUAUGAUGUUACAUUGUAGCUCCACCUGCUGGAACAAUAGUGGCAUUUGAUCAAAUGUGAUCUAUUAACUGAUACAUGUAUUAUUCUGAUUGGAAUGUGUUUUAAUAUAAUGUGUGUUGUAUUAUUCAUUCAGCAGCUGUCCUUUAACAUCAGUCAUAUACUGGUCAUAUACUGUACAGCAUUAUGUUUGAUACAUUGUAAAUGCCUUAACUUUUCAUGUCUAUACAGAUAAACUGAUAGGUGUUGUGGUUCAGGCAUUACUGUUACAGGUUCAGUAUAAUGUUAUACCUUUACAUGUUACAGAGUUAGAAAACAUACAAGAGAGGAGAAUUCAAUUACUAGCAUUAUUUACUUUAUUUUCCCAUUUUGGUCUCUAUAGUAGUGGAGACAAAUUGUUAUUUUAUUUAAACAUGAAACUAAUGUGGCCUUUUGUUUUAUUGUGGUUGUUUCGUGCAAAACAAUUAUUUUUCAAUUAACCUUGGUAAGAUAUUGCUUUUGUCUUUGUAGCAUAUAGAACUAAAUAAAUGAUUUUCCUCAA